UUCAAUUUCGAUUACCCACCCUGAGCCACAGGGCCUUGCCUUCUGAUGCCAGUUUAGGUGCAUUAUAUUAGAUCCCCUCGUUUUUUAGUCUUCUGAGUCUACACAACUGUUGUAAACCAUGGCCGACGACGAAUUAGAGGCUAUAAGGCAACAGAGGAUGGCGGAGCUUCAGGCAAAGCACGGGAAUGCUUCAAAUAAUCAACAAGGAGAGGAGGCCAAACAAAGAGAAACGGACAUGAGGAAUUCUAUAUUGGCUCAAGUUCUUGACCAGUCUGCCCGUGCCAGAUUGAGCAACCUUGCUUUGGUGAAACCGGAGAAGGCCAAAGCAGUUGAAAACUAUCUCAUUCAAAUGGCUCGUUUUGGAAAGUUAGGAGGAAAGAUUUCUGAGACAGGUUUAAUCGAGAUUCUAGAAAAAGUCAGUCAGCAGACAGAGAAGAAGACAACGGUCAAAUUCAACAGAAGGCGGGUGAUGGACUCUGAUGAUGAGGAUGAUUAAUACGUUGGAACAUGAGGCCUGAAAAGAGCCAGGACAUUCUUUACUGGGACUUUGAUAGCACCUUUAUCUAACUGAAUCCUGAGAUGCCACACUAGAUUCUGUGUUUCUGGACACUGUAUGCCAAGAAGGAAGACCAACAGAGUGGAGUAAUCAAUGUGGCAUAAGUGGUGGGGGUACAUACACACAGGCUCAUUUAAGGUGUUCUUUUAAGAUCUCUAUUGGUAAAGCUGUGCACUGCUUAUGAU